AUGGCCCGCCGAUUCAGUUCUUCCAGCAGCGUCAGGACUCGGUGGUUUCCAGACGUCGAUCCACCGGCUCCGGAACAACCACCGUCGGCUCGCGCUUCGUCUGCUUCACCUACCCACAGUUCUCCGAAUCGCAGUCCCCGCGAGCUCGGUCCACCAGGAACUGAAUUUGUGUUGCCUCUCCUGCCGCUGCCGCCGAUUCGAGCUUCAGACAGGGCGAAGAAGGCAGAUCAACCGCGGCGGUCUCUGCCUAGCCUUCACCCAGAGCUCAUCGCCGAGAUCCUCUCGUGGUUGCCCGUCCAAUCACUGAUCCGGUUCAGGUGUGUCUCCAAAUCGUUGAGAACCCUAAUUUCCAGCCCUGUUUUUAUCAAAUCCCAUCUCAGAAACAUGAAAGCCUUGUCCAGAACCAAACCCAAUCACGUUCAAAGGCUCAUUAUCAAGAAAUGCAAAAGAUGGCCGAGAAAUGUCGAAGUCAAUUCAUGCUCCCUUAACUCUCUGCAUAAUUAUCACCAGACCUUGUCUGAGAUCUAUCUUGUUCGCCCUUUAUACAUGCCUGUACCGGCUACCACAAAGCUUGUCCUUGUUGGUUGUUGCGAUGGGAUAAUCUGCGCUCUUGGCGACAUACCAGACUCCUUCGUUCUGUGGAACCCAUCUACCAGAGCAUGCAUUACAUUGCCCAAGUAUGGGUCAGAGCCAUCGAUGAGAUUAGGGAGUCUCAAGGGUAUUGGGUUUGGUUAUGAUCGUCAGUUAGAUGACUACAAGGCGGUAGUUUUGUUUAAACCAAAGAGAAGUGAUGGUGGAACUACUUAUCAUACUGUGGCCCAGGUUUGUGCUUUGAAGUCUAAAUUCUGGAGGAGGAUCGAGGAUUUUCCUGGUAUCCUAUAUGGCAGGCUUCAAGGAAAGUUUGCUGCCGGUUGUCUUCAUUGGGAUGCUUUGGACGGUAAUCUUGAUAUGAACCGAAUCCUUAUGUCACUUGACCUAGCGACUGAGACGCAUAAGCAGGUGAUGCUACCCGACUUCGGGGAGGCUCUUAUUUCGUGGUCAUUGGAGGUAUUGGAUGAUUGCGUGUGUAUCAUGACCGACAACAAUGACUCAAUUGGUGCUUCUUCUACAUUGUGGAUGAUGAAAGAGCAUGGAGUGAGAGAUUCAUGGACUAAGCUUUUCAGAGUUCUAUACAAUGACAUGUUGCCUAAGGAAUGGACACCGGCAGUGUACAUUUCGAACAGUGAUGUGGCUCUCUUUCGUGCACAAGAUGGGCUCAAGGCUUUUGGGAUCAAGGCUUUUGGGUGUCUUAGAGAUCAAGAGGAAAAGGCUGAUGGUGUAUGGUCGAGAGAGAAUGUUGAUGGUGAUGAUGCUAUUGUCUGUCUAAACUGUGGAGGAGGAUUGAGGAUUUCAAGGGCUUCCCAGCUAGCUGUACACACAAAGUUUGCUGCUGGCUGUCUCCAUUGGAAAGCUCGUGCUGGGAUUUCUGACAAUUUGAGGUGCACCAUUAACUCACUCGACCUUGCGAGUGAGACAUACAAGGAGCUGAUGCUACCCGAGUUCGGGGAGGCUAUUGGUCAUCGAACAGUGGAGGCAAUUGAUGAUUGCCUGUGUAUUAUGAGCUGCAACUCAAUUGAUGGUUCUUAUGCAGUGUUUUUGAUGAAAGAGCAUGGAGUGAGGGAUUCGUGGACCGAGCUGUUCAGAUUUCUACAGGAUGGCAUGUCCCCUUGUCCAUGGAACCAAGUAAUCUUCGUUCCGGACAGUGGUGAGGUUCUUUUCCAGGCACAAGACUGUUUGCAGAUUUACCAUAUUAAGAAUUACACUGUUCGACUUCUUGAAUCGGAAGCUGUGUUCGAAUAUGAUUCCCAUAUCUACAUGGAGAGCUUGGUUCUGCCCAGAAUCAACAAUUAG